AUGGCCUUUUUCUCGGGACUCUCGAGUUCUAUCGGCAGACGGUUGCUGCUCUAUGGCUUGCGCCAUAUCGACAUACUUGACAAGGACCCGGCCGACUUUGUGAGCGUCGAUGUUGGAAAGCGCACCACGCUCGAGGUUCGCGAUGUCGGGCUGCAUAUCAAGAAACUUGUGUCGUUGUUGAAUAUCAGCGUGCCCCCCGAGAUCCAUCUAUCCAAAGCGCGAGCCUCGUUACUCCGAGUUACGUUUGUCCUCGAUUUCGGCGUACCCCAGAUAUCGAUAGAAGUGCAUGGCAUACAAGUUCAGGCAAGGCUGGUGGAGGAUGUACAAGAGGAUCACCAUGGGACUUCGCUACACUCACCGCCAUCUUCACGACCGACAUCGACCCUUCGUGCUCAAGACGAUUACGGCGACAGCGAUUACGAUGAUAACAAGCACGUACCUACUGUGGAUGAGCUAGCCAAGUCGUUCAUACGGGCGGAGCCUCUCGAGGAAAUCCAAGAGCUACAGCAAGAGCUGGCGUCUCAGUCGGCGUACAUGCAAGAUUCAGUCGCAUCCAGUGAUGACGAAGAUGAAAGUGUUGCGGGCACUGGCGCUCCACUAGCGCUCCCAGCUUACUUUCGCAAUAUCCUCAACACCGCGCUUGAUCGUCUGAGUAUCACGGUCAAUGACAUCGAUAUCGAAGUGGAGGACCAAGCCCCGAAGGAUAUAGAUUCAUCAAGGUCCGCCCAGAGCUUACCCGUGUCUCUCAACUUCCACGUCGAGCGCAUAACCAUCGAUUCAAUAACCUCCAAAGAUGUGCGCGUCGAGGUUGGCUCAACGUCCUCGCCUGACACCACAAAGCUAGGUAAGCGGCGCAUGCGCGUAGAGAAUAUAUGCGCGCGCCUAGUUUCGGAUGUCGAAAACUUGGUGUCUUCGUCAAGACAUUCACAGCCGCCUUCUCCAGCUACAACUCGGUCCGAAGCGUCGAUUAGCCAGAAAGCCCCAAGCGAACCGGCGAGGAGCCAAAUAUUUAACCAAUCCAUGCCAUCUAGUCAGUCCAUACACUCGAGCCAGUCUAUGCGCUCUAGUCAGUCAGUGUCUGAAGAAGAGGUAGGCCCUGAGGAGCAACCGGCGGAUGACGAGGAACUAUCCACAUCGAUUGCUUCAUCCAGGCAACCAUCUCACAUCGCCAGUCGGCGCGAAGAAAUUCCUUCGCCACCGCGGCCUGCGUCCCCAGAGCGCCUGCAAAUGGACUCUUCUGUGCACACUGUAGACGAUGAUCGUUUUGCAGAUGCUAACUCUGACGAUGGACUGGAUGACCGGCCUAUGGAUGACUCCUACACGCAAUCUCAUCAACCUCUGCCUGUGCGUGAUUUAAGUGUGAGCAGUAUACUGUACGAUGACGAGGGCUUGCUUGAUUAUGCAAUGCAAAAUGGUAUGCUCAACUCACGCUUCGAUGAUGCGCCGGCAAUGGAGGGGUCUGCAGAAGCCGCAAACCACUGGGAUUUAGAUGGCGUCAGCUCAAGCCAACACACUCGUCGUUCUGAACCUGCCAGCGAUACAUCCAUGUCCAACUUACCGACUGUAUCCGCCCUCGGGCGAUCUUUCAAUCCUCCAGAUUCCUAUAGCUCGCCUGCCGAAUCGAGGCAUUCCGAAGAGGCCCAGUCCUCUACUGAUAACUUAGCGGCGGCACAUGAACAUACGAAUCUAGAGAUCCAAAGCCCCGCACACAGUACGCACGAGCUUUCCGACUCGACACCGUCUCCAGGAGAAGAUUUGGCGGAGUCACGGUUCUUUACCCAUGACGAGGCGGAGAGCAUGUACAUGAGCGCGGUAAGUGCGAGGCAAGCCGGUUCCGGACAGCACGUUCCUGGAGGCUGGGAUUCUUCUUCGGCAUCAAGCAAAGACUCCGUCUCAGAGAUGCCUGAACCGACACCCAAGGAGACGGUUUCUUGUAUGAUCCUAGCUGAAGUGCCAGAAGUCGAUGAGGGCUGCGAGACUCCACGUCCAAGGAGCCGACAAAGUACCGCAUCGCCAUCACUUCCUGAACGUACACAAACUCCUGUACCUACCACAGUCGCAAUUCAGAGACAAGCGAAGCGAUUUCUUACAAUCGACGAGAUUACCGUGUGGUUUCCCAUGGGCUUAGGCGACGGGCAGGGUGGCGAGGCUGGAAUCGGAGAUACCAAUGACACGCCAGGCAUGGAUUUCAAGCCUUCAAACCUUGGAGAAGACUCCAUAUUCGCCGAGAUGCCUGGGUCGUUUUCCAACUACGCGUACGCGUCUUCGCCCAGACACAAGCCAUCGCUAGAAGCAUCCACGCGAGGACGGUCAGUGCCGAAGCCCCAGCAAUCGCCUAAUCCCCAGGAACAGUCCAAGAGGACGCAAACGCCAUCCAUCUCACUCGAUGUAGGCGAAGUCUCAGGGCAUAUGGACAUCUCAACUGGCCGCAUCAUGUUCGGGAUGUUUGGUCGAGCAAUGCAAGCUCUGGCUGGCGAGCCGUCCUCACCGGAAGACAUGACGAAGGCUAAAAACGAGAACGAGGGCGAUGUCUCCAAAGCUGUUGGUAUGGAUAUCGAACUUUCUAUCAAGAACGUCUCGCUGUCAUGGCUGGAGAAUGUUUCGACAGAAUCCAUCCGGGAAGGAGAGCUCUCGAACUGGCUCCUCGAACUCAACCCAUCGGGAGCUAUAUUGAGAGUCAGUCUCUCAAGAGUGCACGUCAACCGACAGAGUCGCAUACAAGCAUCGAGAUCACAGAUUCACAUCGGUAAAUUUGUGCUUGCGUCGUUGGACCAAGACCUCAUCUCUUUCCAGAGCUUACGACCGAAAUCAAGACGAUCUGUCAACGAUUUACGGGAUCAUCUCAAGCACGAUAUCGAGAUAGACUAUGAUCAAGGAACAGACGACCGUAUUACAGUUGUCACACGUCCAGUCAAGAUCAUGAUUGAUAUUCAAAAGCUGGACGAUGCGCUAGGCUCGUUUGGAGGCUUCAGUGGGAUGCUCGAACUGAGCAACUCGAUGAGCUCUGCUAGCACGGUGCAAAGCGCCGUGAUAGCCCCAGCGCAGUCGAAGCCUCGAGGUGUCCACUUCGGCGAUGGUCUUCCACCUCCUGUAAAAGCCCCUGUGCCAUCCGCGCCGGCUCCCAAGAUCCAGGUACAAUUUGGCGAAGUUUCUUUCACCCUGAAAGGCAAGACAUGCUCUGUGCAACUACAGACGACAACAGUCCGCAUUGCUGUGCGACAAAGCAAUGUACGUCUAAAGAUCUCGGAAAUACAACUCAUGGGACCAUAUACGAGCAUGAGCCAAAAGGGUGUACCUUUAAUUGUGGAGUUGAGGGGAACUACUCUCAACUUCCUCUUUGCGCCCGAGGAGACCGAUUUGGCCAGGCUUAUCUCCAUGAUCACGCCAUCAAAGGAUCCGUACGAGAACGACGAUGACAUUCUGAUCGACACGUUAUUGCGUCAACGACGAAAGGGCUCCGUCCUCCGCGUCGAGGUGAGCGAAGUUGGCAUUCAUAUUCUUGAUUUGCAACAGAUGAAGACGUUUGAGGCUCUCGGUGCCGAACUGGCGCGCUUGUCGAAGGUUGCAAAGUAUCUCCCAGAUGACGAUCGCCCAGGCCUACUCAGUCUCGCGUCAGUGAAGAAACUGGAUAUCAGGGUGGCUGUUAAUGAGAAGCUUGGAGACGUCUCAGUUGUACUACAAGAUGCGGCAGUGGCCCAUGUCGGUGUUCCUGCUUUAUUGGCUACUGAAAUUGGAAAGGUGGUUGUUUGCCGUGAUGACGAGGUGCUCGUCCAUGAAGUUGUCAGGCUGCGACCGUCGGAGCAGUUGCCUGCCAUCAUGUUGCGAAUGGUGGGAGACGAGAUGGAACCGGUUGCGAAGGCGAAGUUCUUCAACGUCUGUGUCGAAUACCGGGUCACGACCAUCAUGGCAGCGCUUGGUAUAUCUGAAUAUGCGAUGGGCGAGGAGAUCGCUUCAGGUCUUGCAUCGAGCGUCGCGACCAUUACAGGUGCCUCAUCGCCCCAAACACUCAGCCAACAGUCUUCCGAAGUCAGUUCGCCAUCACCCGGUCCUCCUAUCAAGCCGCUACAGAUCGACCUUUUGCUCAGGAAAUGCGCGAUUGGUCUCAACCCCCGGAAGUCGGUAUCGAAGGGUCUCUUUGUACUCACGGAAGCGCAUGUUGCGUGCAAGCAGACCAAGAGCGACUAUACCAUUACCGUGGAGCUGCGGAAAGCCUCGAUGCAUGCCAUUGAUGAUACAGCUCGCCUAGACGACGAACACGAGCCGGUGCCACCGUCGAUCACCACGAAUCGCCAUCUUCAUGAACUCAGCAAGUCGGGUUACGUAUCACUCAGUACGAUUUCGGCAGCCAAGGUGUUUGUGAAUAUCUCAGGCGAUGGAAAGGACCGGCCUCAGUUGGUCGAUGUGGAAUUCAAGAACGAACUCUUCGUCAUUGAGUCGUGCGCAGAUUCGACACAGACUCUCAUUGCCAUCUUGAAUGGUCUUCAGCCACCUUCGCCGCCAGCCACAGGAGAUCAAUACCGAACCAUCGUCCCUCUCCAAGAAAUGAUGGAGUCGUUUACAGGCGAUGCACUGGCGCAGGACGACUACGAGGAGGCUGAUGAUUUUAUGAGUAACGCUGAUCUCGUGGAAGAUGACUUACCAACGAAUCUGGAGUUUGUUGGGAGCAUCUACAACUCGCAGUCGUUACCGACUGACGAAGAAAUGGGCGAUAGUCUUCUUGGCGAGGACGAUCUCGGCGCUUUGGCUUCACCCCCAGCUGUACGGCAUCGUGGCGAUCCAGCUCUACUUGAAAGCUUCCAGGAGAAAUUUGAGAUUACUAAAGGCGAAGAAGAAUUCGACUUUGGCGGUGACUAUUUCAGAGAUUCUGAUGAAGAAGCAAAAGGCAAAGCUCGCAAGUGGGACUCUACUAAGAAUCAGUAUCAUCUUCCCAACGAGUUCAAAGCUCCAGAUGCUCCAGUCAAAGUCCGGGUUCGCGACGUCAACGUCAUUUGGAAUCUCUACGAUGGGUACGACUGGCCACGAACGCGAAGCGUGAUUAGCCAGGCCGUCGACGACGUCGAGGCACGCGCCGAGGAGCGACGACGCAAAGCAAGAGAUGAAGAAGACGACGACGACAACUGGGUCGAAGAGGACUUCUUGUUCAACUCGGUCUGGAUCGGCGUGCCCAUCAAGGACGAGAAGGGUGCCCUGGCUCGGCGCAUCAACCACGACAUUGACGACCUCGCCAGCGAGACUGGCAGCUACGCAACUACAACAGCGACACGCUCGACUGGCGCAACUUCUAGACCACGUGGCACGACCAGAUCCAAACGUCGUCUGAAGCUGGAACGCAGCAAGCACAAGAAGAUUGCGUUCUCAUUGAUGGGUGUUGCGGUUGAUCUCAUCGUCUUCCCUCCCGACUCGGGCGAGACCAUCAACUCUAUCAACGUUCGCGUUCAGGAUUUGGAAGUUUUUGAUCACGUUCCAACUUCAACCUGGAAGAAAUUUGUCACUUGCGCAGUCAACCCACUUGAUCGCGAGCUCAUCCGGCCGAUGAUCAAUCUUGAAAUUGUGACAGUCAAGCCCGUCACCGAUCUUGCUGCAUCUGAGUUGGUGAUCAAGGUCAAUGUACUCCCACUUCGCUUGCACGUCGAUCAAGAUGCGCUAGACUUUAUCACGCGCUUUUUCGAGUUCAAAGACGACUCGGUGCCCGCUAGUCCGCCACCUACCGAUCAGCCAUUCAUCCAACGUCUUGAAGUGAUGGCAGUCAGCAUGAAGCUCGAUUAUAAGCCAAAGCGUGUGGACUACCGCGGUCUGCGCUCUGGCCAUACCACUGAGUUCAUGAACUUCCUCAUCUUGGACGGGUCCGACAUUGUCCUGCGCCAUGCAAUCGUGUACGGCAUCACCUCAUUCGACUCGCUACACAAGACUCUCAACGAUGUCUGGACGCCAGACGUCAGGAGCAACCAACUCCCGGGCGUACUCUCUGGCCUAGCAGCCGUCCGGCCCCUCGUAAACGUCGGUUCCGGGAUAAAAGACCUCGUCGUGGUACCCAUGCGCGAGUACAAGAAAGACGGCCGCAUCGUCCGCAGUCUACAAAAGGGCGUAUACGCCUUCGCCAAGAACACAACCUCCGAAGUAGCGCGUCUAGGCGCAAAAGUAGCAAUCGGAACCCAAACCCUCCUCGAAGGCGCAGAGGUUUUCCUAAACCCGCAAACCGCACCAAAUCGUCGCCUCUCGCAAGACUGGGAGGGCGAAGAUCCAAGCUCCGACAACGAAGAACCACGCGCAGUCUCAAACUACGCUAACCAACCCAUUGGCGUCCGCGCUGGCCUCCGCAGUGCUGCCCGCCACCUCGAACGCGAUUUACUCACCGCUCGUGACGCUGUCAUUGCUAUACCUGCGGAGGUCAUGGAGGAGGGUAGUGGCACUGGUGUGGCAAGGGCGCUGGCUAGGCAUGCUCCGACUGUUAUAUUAAGGCCGGCGCUUGGGGCUACGAAGGCGCUUAGUAAUGCUUUGCUUGGUGUGGGGAAUGCGCUUGAUGAAGGGUCGAGGCGGAAGAUUGAAGAUAAAUACAAGUCUUACUAG